CUCACUCCCAAUCUCCGACUCGAUUCCCACUCCCACUCGCGACGUAUAUAAAUUCCCCCACGCGCCCGCGCUCUCCGACCCAUACACCGCCACACGCCGCGCCAUCUCUUCGAACCAACGCGACACGACGCGACACCGGCAGCAGCUAGCCGCGGUGAUCGCUACGACGAUGAGGUUCGCGUGCUUCAGCGCCGCGGCCGUGGCCGACGAGGCGGAGGCCGGGGCUCGCCACCACCACCACCGGAGCGGCGGCGGUGGCGGCCGGCGGCAUCGGGGGACGUCGUCGUCGCUGCGGAGCAAGUUGUUUGGCGGUAGGACGACGAAGGCGGGCAGCAAGAAGUACUCUUCGGCGGCGGCGCUGGACGAUGUCUACGACGCGGCGGAGUGGUCGUCGUCGUCGGUGCCGUGGUCCUCGACGUCGGCGCUGUCGCUGGACUCGGCGCGCUCGUCGUCGUCGUCGUCGUCGACGACGACGACGGCGCCUUGCUCCCGCUCCCGCUCCUUGUCGUCGCUGUCGGACGCGCUGUCUCCGCCUGCUGCGAGGCGCGCGCCGGAGAGGAGGGGGAGGACGCCGCGGCCGGCGGCGGGCGUGGCCGCGGUGAUCGUGUGCCUCGUGAUGGUGAUGCUCUGCGGCAGGGUCGGAGCCACGGCGCUCGUCUCGGCGGCGUUCUACCUUUUCCCGCGGCGGUGGCGGCCGGUGGGUGCCAUCGAGGCGGCGGAGAGCGCGGCGGCGUCACCGGAGCAUGACUGGCCGUCGUCGGCGACGGAUCAGGAGACGACGACGAAGAGGAAGGUGGUUAAGGAGGGGUUCUUGGCGCGGAACUGCAAGAAGUGAUCCAUCCUUUUUUUUUCCUCUCCUUUUUUUUUGAAGAGAAAGAACACUAAUUUCCUUCAAAUUUUUUACCUCGAGAGUUGUUGUAAUUAUAGAAUUCCAGACACAAAUCAAAUAAUCAAUCAUCAAAGUAUCAAACUGAUCAAACAUAAUUGCCUUGUAGUGCGAUGUAUUUUUGCCCAAGGGAAAGAUUUGGAGAUAUAAUAAUAUCUUAGCUUGUCUCAGUGACGCAAA